AUUUAUCUGUUGUGGUGACGGAGCAGGAGGCUAAUCCUCAGCAGCAGCAGACCCAUAUUCGCAGCGCGGUGCAUGCUGGGACACACAGUAGUUUCAAGAUGGCGGCGAGCAGGAGGCUGGCCAAGGAACUUGACGAGAUUCGCAGGUCUGGAAUGAAAAACUUCAGAAACAUUCAAGUCGAGGAAUCAAACCUAUUGUCAUGGCAAGGACUCAUUGUUCCUGACAACCCUCCCUAUGACAAAGGUGCGUUCAGGAUCGAAAUCAUUUUCCCCACUGAGUACCCCUUCAAGCCUCCCAAGAUCACAUUCAAGACAAAGAUCUAUCACCCCAACAUCGACGAGAAGGGCCAGGUGUGCCUGCCUGUGAUCAGCGCAGAGAACUGGAAGCCUGCCACCAAAACUGACCAAGUAAUUCAGUCCCUCAUCGCGCUGGUGAACGACCCCCAGCCGGAGCACCCCCUGAGGGCAGACCUAGCAGAAGAAUACUCAAAGGACCGUAAAAAAUUCUUGAAGAACGCUGAAGAGUUUACAAAGAAACACGGUGAAAAGCGGCCAAUGGACUGAUCACCUGACGAGCGUGUAGCCCUCUCUCUGUCUCUUUCUCCUCCUCUUCUCUCCUAUCUUGCCCCCCUCCAUCCCCCCCACCCCCCCCCCCCUCCAAAAAUUACCCAUCAUCCUCCAGCCCCCCCUCACUCACUGUCCUCCACCAUCCCCUUUCCCCGCCCCCCUGCAGCCCCGGAGCCGCCCAGCUGAAGCCAGGCAGCAGCAGCAGCCUCAGCCCCCUCCCCCCUACACACACACACCCAGGACUCUCUGUGGAUCAGACAGCUUCCUCCCCUCCUCCUCCUCCUCCUCCUCCGCCUCCCCCUCUUGAGUCUCCCUCUCCUCUCGGCCACACACAUCCAUCGUUUCUAACUUUCUACUCUUUCUUAAUGUGAAAAUGGAAAACGCAAAGUUAAGGGAAGCUGCCGUUCAGAAAAUGAGUUAGGUUGCAGUCCUCAGUCGUGUUAAUUUCUGUUCCCUUCAGAUAAACAAGCUCCUGUGUUCAAUAGAUCUCACUUAGACAUGAUUGAUUGAUUAUUACAGAGCAGGAAAGCUUUGAUUUUUCACCAUCAUCACUUCUCUUUGAAUCCAAACACACCUGACAGACACAAGACAAGCUGUAGCUAGGAGCUGCUUCUUAGACCUGCACUGUGGGACAUACACUCUUACAGCCACACACACACACACACACACACACACACACACACACACACACACACACACACACACACACACACACACACACACACACACACACACACACACACACACACACACACACACACACACAUGCUGACAGGCCAUACAUGGUUGUUGUUGCUGAAAAUGCUUUAGGAUAAGAAGUAAAAGUGAGUCUCCAAACACUCCAAAUAUGUAGUCCUCCUCUUCAGCUAUCCACACACACACACACACACACACACCAGCUGCAUGACUUAAGCCUCCUGUUAUUUCCUUUCCUCAUUAAUGCUCAUUUCUCCACUUUGAAUAGUUUGAUUGGCACUUGAUGUAGAGAUGAUGAUGAUGAUGAUGAUUUAGUUUGGUGAUGAUGAUGAAGAAGCUGUGGAGUUAUAAUUAGACGUCCCCCCCAGUUAAGCACCUGAACCCGUAUCAGAGCCCUUCACCACACUGAGACAGAGUCCAGCAGCUCAGCGACUGUCGGCCGCCCAGCUGAGAGGGACCGAGCCGUCAGGAGGAAGAAGAGGAGGAGGAAGAGGAGGAGGAGGAGGAGGAGCAGGCUGGAUGAAGUUCAGCUCCUGGAGGCAGGCGGUCCGAGAAACGAGCACCUUGAAGGCAGCUGGGAGAGGGCAGGCUGUCCGGGGUCGUGUCAGGACACGGGAAGGGACUUCAGUGGCCAAAAACAAACCACCAUGUAACCGCUGUUUGAUCUGCUCCCAAUAUUGUUUCAUAAUAAAGAUGGCUGACCAUUUGGCCUCACUGUC